AUGACGAACAUUGAACUGUUGUAUGAAGAAAAGGCAGAAGAGUGGUUGUUGAAGAUACCACUGCCACAAUGGGCCAGACAUGCUUGCCGACCUGAGGGUAAAAGUGAGCACAUGACAAAUAAUAUGUCAAAGUCCUUCAACAGUUUACUUGGAAGAAAUAGAAGCUUGCAAAUUGUGAAGCUGUUGGAUGCAAGUAGGCAAAAAUGCAUGCACAAGCUACAUAAAAGAUUUGCAAGAGGGUCGACAUGGCAGGGAAAACCGACACUAAAGUGCAAGGAUGCAUUGAAUAAUUUGAUGAAAAUGACCAAAGGGUGUAGGAUGAUUCCCAGUAAUACUUAUGAGUUUGAAGUGUGGGAAGGAAAAAUUGCAUUUGCAGUUGUCAUAGGAAAAAGGACAUGCUUAUGCAAGUGGUGGGAGACAUCAGGAUUACCAUGCAAACAUGCAUGCCUUGCACUUGGUUACAAGAGGGCUAACAUUGAAGAAUAUUGCAAUGAAUAUUUCACAGUAGAAGCAUAUCUGAAGACAUAUAAGGGUGUAAUACACACAAUCCCUCGUGUCAAUCUAGAGUCAGAAACUGAAGGGAAUAUAGUGCUGCCUCUAGAACUAAAAAGAAAGGUUGGAAGACCUAAGAAGAAUUAG